AUGUCCGCCUCCAAGCCAGCUAUCAAUUUCGACCUGACAGUAGGUCACGAGCAGCCCUCUCAGCCUGUCAGCUGGAACCGCAAGGACCUCCUCCUCUACAACGUCGCCAUCGGCGCCAGCGCCCAGCAACUCGACUACGUCUACGAGAAGACGGACGCUUUCCGGCCCCUUCCCACUUACCCGCUCGUCUUAGCCUUGAAGGGUGACUCGCCCGAUAUCAAUGACUUCGCAACCAUGAUCAGCGGGCGAGGCGAACUGCCAGGCUUCCCGCAGCUCGACCCCAACACGCUCGUUCAUGCUGAACAGACUCUGGAGCUUCACCGCCGCUUGCCCCUCACGGCUGCGCAGGGUGAAGGCUGGCACCUCCGCAAGAAGAUCACAGCCGUACAUGACAAAAAGAGUGGGCUCAUCCUCGAAGGGACAGCGGUCCUUUGCGAUCCCGUGGGUAGGGAGUACGCGACUAUGGUCUCUUCGAGCUUCUACCGUGGUGGAGGCCAAGGCACAGGUUUCAGCAAGAGCCUGAGCGCUGACACAAGGCCGCCAGCGGGGAGCCCGCCAAAGGACGGACGCAAGCCUGACUUCAGUCUGACGGAGCGUACUACGCCUAAUCAGGCAGUCCUGUAUCGUCUGGCCGGCGACGCCAACCCCCUGCACGUCGACCCGGCCAUUGGACAACGAGGUGGACUGGGCGGUGUGAUCCUGCACGGGCUCUGCAGCUACGGCUUUGCAACUCGAGCUAUUCUUCUCGCCGCCAACGGACAGGACGGCCAAGCAGGCGCGCCAGCUUCGACAUUGCGCCGUAUCUCGGGUCGAUUCACCUCACCCGUCCGACCUGGCGACGAGUUGAGGACAGACGUGUGGGUGCUGAAGGGUCAAUUGGGCAAGGUGGGUGAGACUUGCGAGGUGGCCUUUGAGCAGACGAAUGUGACGACUGGCAAGAAGAGCUUGGGAGGCGGGUGGGCAGAGCUGAGGGUCGAGGAGGGGGAGAGGGUUGGGUCCAAGUUGUGA